AUGACGCUUACCGCGGCUGUGCCUCCGAAGGUUGUUCAUGCACUGCACCCGUCUACGGACGUACCCCUGCCCGCUUUCAUGAUCCUGAGCGGUCUCGUGCUGUACCUGGAGAUGGCUUCGUACGGCAAGUGGCUGUUCAAUCAGACUCGCAGCCUCAGCCGGGCGAACCCAUCGUACCAACUCGCUGUCGUGGGCAACUUUUUGGUCGCAUCACUAGGCACGCAGGUUUCGGGAACAGAGAGCGUCGAGCUAGCCUGCAGGGAAAUUUCCCUUUUUUUCUUCGCCGUCGGGUGUCUCUACCUACUCCUCGUGUUCUUCGCCAUCCAGCACAACUCGGCCGACAACGUCGAGCACCCUUCCGUCGCUGCUGCACGGCUCUCGGUGGAUCCGACUCCAGAUACCUCAACGGACCAUCGUGUUGACGGACGAGUCGGCGGAAACGAGGAAGCCAUAAUGAGUCAUCCCACGCGAAGGACAAAAGCCGGGCGGGUACACGGCCAGCAGGAACAAGUUCCAUUCCCAUCUCACCCACAUAUGCCGGUUUCGGCGGCCAUUGUCUCCGGGUGGGGGCGCAAGCCAUCCGAGCACGUCCCAGCUGGGAAGGAAAACAGAGAAGGGGAAACGGGGGACAGGAACAAGGUCGGCCAGAUAGAGGGAAACUCCCGGUACUCUGGCCGGCUGCACGACAUCGCGUUCAACGCGACGCUUCCCCCGCUCUCCGGCCUCGAAGACGCGCCGCUGGUCGAGAGCGAGGACACGACGGCUGUAGUAGAAAGGGGCAGUGCCAACCUCGAGGCCGACAACGAAGACACCGAGGACGCAACAGCCAGGGCCGAGAACCACCUAGGCGCUCGCUCGUCGUGGCCAGUGCCCCCGUUCACGGGAUCCGGGCGAAGCCUACUGUGGCGCCCGUCCUCAUCGGACAUUUCGUCCGCCAUGCCGUCGCAUCCGCAAGGUAAGGAUAGCGGCAGCGGCGACGACGUGAAUGCAGCACGCGAGCGGAGGAUUUGCAAGCCAGCGCAAGAGACACCUUCUAUACGACCGCCCACGUUUCAGGGGGAAUCCGCCGGAGCGGCUGCUGUUGCCAACGGUAACGCGCCCCAGACAGCGGUCUUCCCCGCUCAGGGGCGGGCCCGCUGCAGCUCGAGCAACGUCGAUGUUGGCGCACCAGAUUGUCACCUAAAGCGGGCAGAAGCGAAGGAUGCCGCCGUCUCUCAUCGCAUGCCGAAGUCCAUGCUCCUGAGCAGAGCGUUACACCCCAUCUAUUUUCUGUUCAUCGCUCCCCCUUCGGCGGCGGCGAUCGCCUGGACGCGCAUCAACGGAGAGUUUGACGUUCUGUCCAGGUCCCUGUACUUCAUCGCCGGGUUCUUGUACAUGUUCUUUGUGCUGGGCAACUCAAGCUUCCUGCGGACGGCCUCGUUUAGCGUCGCCUGGUGGGCGUACUCCUUCCCAUCCUCCACAUUUGCCGUCGCGACGAUCCUGUACGCCGAGGAGCUGUCGAGCGAGGGAGUGGUUCUGUUCGCCCUCGUCGUGUCUCUGGGAUCCAGUGUGAUAGUGAUGGUGGUGUUCGUGUGCACUCUAUAUUCAGCAGCAACAGGAUCUCUCUUCGCUCCCGACCCGGUUCUUUCGGUCCGUCUUGAAGAGCUGCCUUAGUUGUUGUUCAGGACGGAACUGGCAUUCACCUAAGAAUGCAUGUGACAUCACUUCGAUGUUGUCGGAGAACCGAGAAUCGAAACUUGCGUCAAGUGGUAAUCCUUUAGACUUUGGUGUAUCGUAGAAUUACAUGUUCGUAUUUCUGCUUAGCUUCCCGAGGAGUCUGAGCGUCAGCCUCUACCUUUCUUCAGGGUUUUGUUCCUUUCUUUAGUUGUCUCUUCGGAUUUCGUAGUUUUUGCGUUUUUCGUGGUAGUUGUGACAAUCUGGUCGUCCGUGAGAAGACAAGAGGGCAUCGGCUGUAGAGAUUUUUGGGGUUCGAUGGCGGUGCAGACCAGCACAUGUAUCGGUAUGACUGGGGAGACAGGGCUUGCAAGGCAACCCCACGGGCUAGUGGUUCACGGAAUCAGAAGUACAUAGCAGUCAACGAAAAGCCUCCCGUGAAGCUGUGCCAACGGGGCACGUAGAAGUCACAUAGGGUUAAGAAGUCUUUGUGUUUGUUUUCUUUCAUGUCCUUGCAUCGCAGCUUGUGACGAGACAUGUGCACGUAUAGGAUGAUACCACUGUAUUGAGUACGAAACAAAACAAAACGUGAAGCGGUCAUGUGGCCCUGAUUCCCACCUCUGAUAUACUCGCAGUACCAGGCUUGAGGCCGAUUUGGUGUGCACCGUUGUGUAGUAAUAUGGAGGAACGAAGUGUGAAGUUGAAUUGUUGAUAUGAGUAUGCCACACGGAGCUCUAACCCUUGCAUGUACUUCCUCUGUCCCAUAAGGCUAGUCGGUUAUGGGCAACAAGUCGUUCGUGAACAUAGAGGUUGAACCUAACCUUGUAGUAAGGUUCGUUGGAAGCUGGCGUGUAGACGAUGCUGAUGUAUUAAUUGCAGAUCGAUCUGAAGACUGUUUUCUUUUUUUCUUUUUUUCCGUCUUUACUUCAAAUCAGCGCUCACAGCACUCAACUUGUGCCGUUUACUCCAACCGGUGGUCACACAGAAUGGUUUGUCUCCUUGAGGUCCCCUACGCACCCUUCCUGCGAUACUUUGCCUUCGACUUUUAAGGCGAGAAGAGUGCAGCACUCUCUUCCCUCUGUGUACACACGUACACAAGAACUCGCGCUUUCCACCCAGCCGAGGAACUGAAGCGAGAGAAAAAAUAUCUUUGCAAGAAAAGCUCGCGUAAGCCGGGAUCCAAACCCCUGACCCUGGAUAGACACUAAUAUUUGUGUUGUCUAACUACUGUAAGAAAACAACGUAAGAGUAUAUACUGUAGUCCAAAGCGCGUUCGGCCCCUUUCUCGUCUGAGUAAGCAAAAUCCCAAAUCCAGCUCCGGUGACGGUAAUGCGGAUACCCUACCGUGAAAGAGGACGGGCCGAGUACCGAGAUUCGCCGGUGCCGCGACUGCCACCAUCAUCUUCCGAUGUCCACUCCCACAUGCGUAUUGCCCCCACCCCUGAAACCUAUAGGCACGAUCCCACCCCUCGUGGCCCCGUGAGAGCAAGGAAGCUGACUAGCGAAAUAUUUUCCCCCGCCUUCUUUCUCAGUAAUUAGGCUCUCAGACCCAAUAGACGCACACCGAAAUGUCUCAAAGAUAUCGGGUCAGCUCUCUCCCGCUAAGGUCAACAAGGAGUCGCCGGUCAAACUCAAAGGAUGCUCCUGUACAGUUGUGUGUGCUACUGCCGGCGUUGAUGCAACCAUGGGCUGGCGAGGCUGCACCUUGCAACAGAAGAAGAGGGCUCGGUCUUGCGGUGUCCUCUAUUUCUAUUUCCGAGACAUGAUGGUGAGGCAAGCCGACUUCACACCUCGAGUCUCUCUCCACUACUAUCUAGCGCGACUCUGUGUCAUCUUGCCGUCCUGCGAAAGCGUUGGUCGGAUGAUCACCUGUGGGGGAACCAAGACGGCCCUGUGCCACCGCCUCCGCCAACAUGGAAAACCCGUGAAAGGUGUGCUGCUGCUGCUGCUGCUGC